AUGCCAGAGCAGAACAAAUACACACCGCGCAGAUGGCGCCACUCGCUCUGCUCAACCUACAUCACUAGCAAACUCGCCACGCAAAGGCAACUCGUCGUCCAAGAUCACCCUGAGAUCCCUGUUGUAUCCCUCGAGUUCUUCCGGACUGUCACCCCCGCUGUACCGGACACAAUGCGGGAUGCCGUCUUGGCCAAGCUGAAGGAGGAUGGUUCCAUUACGAGCACUGGACGAAUGUUCGGCUUUGCGAAGAAUGACCCCAAGAACAGUGGCCGUCCAGAGAACCACACGUUCACCCACAUACAUAAUUUCACUAAGGCGAUUAUACGCGCCGGCGAGGAUCAUACGCGCCAAAAAUCGUGUAUGACGUUAGGCCACAGUCCAAACUCGACUCCCUCGAGUGAGAGGGAGAACUCGUCGCGUCCUGACGGCUUCGGGCGUUCCGCCAUGGCACAAAACGUCGACGAAGUUGCGGAGACCAACCUCGCUCAACACGACGACGAGGUUACGGAGACAGAAUUUCCCAAGCCCCUACCGUCAUGGAGUGGCAUAAUACUCGCUAAAGAGGACAAGAAAGCUGAGAAGGAGUCAGACGCUUUAGACAACUUUGCAAAGGUUAUGUGGAGCGGGCACCACAUUCUUCGAAAUGACCCACGUCGAAAUUUCUGCUUUGGGAUUACCACAGAGAACGCGACCUGUCGUCUGUGGUUUUUCGCGCGUUCUCACAUCAUGGUCUCAGAACCAUUCAACGUGAUCACGGACCACACUCCGCUCGUUCGAUUCAUUCUGAGCCUCUCGUUUGCCCACGUUCUGUCGACGAAGGCAUCAAGAUCGUCUCUCACCGGGCAAGCAAGUCUACCCACCGUUGACUCUUCAUCAGCGAUAUCUGCAACAUCUGGAGUCUCCCCCCUCUCCGCACAAUCGAGUCAAUCUACCAUUCACGGGAAAGUAUCAGCCGAUGCAUCUAAUCCCUACACUUCAAUAGACUAUGACUUUGCUUGGGAAGCGCAUGGCUACGACCCUACGAUACAACGGCAAGCUCAUAGUGUUUAUCGUAUUCGCGUCGGUGACACAUGGUAUAUCACUGCGGGAAUAUUGUCCGAUUCUCGAGCGGAAUGUAUUUGCGGCCGCUGUACCCGAGUAUGGAGGGUGUACGAGGACAAGAAGUAUGAGGAGGGCGAAGAGAAGGUAUAUUACGCUCUCAAAGACCUUUGGGUAGAUUCCAGCAACGAUACGGAGGCCGCUAUAUGGAGGAGAUUGAAAGAGAAAGUCAACCCCGAUGUCUUCGACCGACACUUUCUGACGCUUGUAGCUGCAUUUGAGCCGGGCGAGGGCGCAACGACGUGCAGUUUCUUCGGCCGAGGAGGCUACUCCCAUGCAAAAAAUGUGGAUUUCAUGGAUAGCCAAUUUAUCGACAUUUUAGACCUCGAACCUUCGCCGUUGAUCCCGAAUAAAGGAACGGAGCCUGUUUGUGAAGACAGGUUCCACAUUCGAGGGGCACCAGAUAUGGAACCACGCGACAAACGCGCCAAGAAACGGCCCCGAUAUCAUCCUCGCACUCAUGACCGAUCUAUUUGGAAAGAAGUUUGUGAGACAUACCAUGAUCACGACGACAUGCAGGUGAUGUUUACGAUGCUUGAACAUGCGGUGAAAGCACUUGAUGCGAUGUGGGAGGGUGCACACGCUAUUCAUCGUGACAUUAGUACAGGAAAUAUCCUGUUCGACGGCGCGAACGGUCGAUUAGGGGAUCUGGAAUACGUCGUACUUUGUGACGACGAACCCUCUUCCUUGCAUAACGUCAAGACUGGGACGCUGCAAUUCAUGGCCGUCGAAGUUUCCUUUGGUGCAUAUCUAUUUCGACCAAGAGCUGCCGCAGAAGAUGUAUUUCUGUCUCCAACCGGUGUUCUCCCUUCUCGUGGCACCAAGCCUGUGCAUCCUUUUCGACACAAUGUGCUGCACGACCUGGAGUCCAUAUGGUGGCUGGCUAUGUGGUCGAUCUUCAGGUAUUAUCCCGAGAAUGUCCGCCUCGAGGUACAGGCUCUCAAGAACCAGCGCCGCACCUACGAAGCCCUUUUCUCUCCUACCUUCACCCUUGACAAGGAGCGCAAUAACGCGUUAGUCAACGAAGAGCCGAGAUUUCUUCUAUCAAUAGUACCUCCCUUCCAUAACAUGGGCGAACUGGCACUUCGCCUGCGGAACAUGCUAACAGUUUCUUAUACAAUAGCGGAGGCGACGCUCCCGAUCAAGUCUGACUGUCAGGUGUUUCGUCCCGCGUUCGACACAACGGCAGUAUUGCUCAGACACAUGAAGAUGUCCCUCGAGAGAGAUGGAAUCGCGGGUGUUACCAGUGUCUACGAACUACUCUAUCCUCAGAAACGCAAGGCAGAAGAAACCGGAGACGUCCAGGAGGAGGCACCACCGAUGAAGAAAUAA